AUGUUGGUCUACCAGGAUCUGCUCUCUGGCGACGAGCUCCUGUCGGACUCCUUCACCUACAAGGAGCUCGAGAACGGCGUCCUCUGGGAGGUCGAGGGCAAGUGGGUCGUCCAAGGACCUGUUGAUGUGGAUAUUGGUGCCAACCCGUCCGCCGAGGGUGGCGAAGAUGAAGGUGUUGAUGACACGGCCGUCAAGGUUGUUGACAUUGUUGACACCUUCCGCCUUCAGGAGCAACCCCCUUUUGACAAGAAAUCGUUCGUAGCUUACAUUAAGAAGUACAUCAAGAACCUCACUGCCGUGUUGGAGCCUGAGAAGGCAGAUGAAUUCAAGAAGGGCAUUGAGGGUGCCACCAAGUUUCUUCUUAGCAAGCUCAAGGACCUUCAAUUUUUUGUUGGUGAGAGCAUGAAGGAUGAUGCAACUGUGGUGUUUGCCUACUACAAGGAUGGUGCCACUAAUCCGACUUUCCUCUACUUUUCCCAUGGUCUGAAGGAGAUCAAGUGCUAG